AUGGCGACGCACAUUCAGAGUCAGACGAGUUCGACAGAUUUCUCGCCGCUGGCCGAGGUGAAUCGGACUACUACUACUUCGGACAUGUUCAAGGCUGUCUGCCGAUGGUUCGGGAUUCAGAACGAUGCGGAAGCGCUUCGAGCUGACCCAGCACAUGGGGUUCAGGCUGUGCCAAAUGCUCAGGUAGUGAUUUCAAGAAAGAACGAGGGAUCUGUCGUUCACGCUUCUGGCGUGUCGUUUUCUUCUAAGCCUCGUCUGCCUCCGCCACUUGCCCCGAAGUCAAUCUCUUCAGAUGUACAUAUCCUGCCACACGAUACAGGAAACCAGCGUCCAGGUGUAUCCAAGGCCAAUUCAGCUCAGCAACAGCUUUCAAAUGACGCAUGUCCCAUAGCCGAUCCUUCGAUUCCUUCUAUCAACAUCACCACCCACGCCUCGCGACAGCAAUUUGUUGAUUAUGGCGCAAUUGUCUCCACUACGGAUCCUUUUGUCUGGAAGUUCCCGGGCACCAAGGUCUGGGUUGGUUCCGAGACCCUAUUUCCAAUUCCUGAAGAAGUCCAGACUCUAUGGGAACGCGUCAAGGGAGGUCUUUUAGCCACACUCGAAGCGGUUGAAGGAGAGAUGAUGAGGGAACAAUCACAAGAACCAAGUCUUAGAAAGAGACACGUUCGAAGGAGAAGAUUCAUGACCGAGCUGCGCAUGUCUGGCUGCUGUCAAAAACUUAAGACUGGCAAGGAUCGUAAGGUCAACCUUUAUCCUUGUGUUUGGAUUUUAUGUGGCAGCAAAUGGUGCCGCAACAAGAUCCGCAAAGCAACCGAAAGACUGGAGCUUCCCCAGAAUCUUUCUAGCCAGCGUAUCGAGGUCCACGAGGGUGGCCCAACUUUCAAUGCUUCUGAAGUCAACAUCCCUCGUUCGCAGCUUGACAAUGACCGGGCACUGGUUCCAGGCGUCGCUCAUUCUGGAGGCACGAUUCUCCAUCACAUCGAAGUUUCCCCAAAGCAGGAGUGCGGUUCAAUUUGUGGCAUACUCUGUUGCACCACAUUUGUCAAAGAUGGAAACGUAAUCGAUCAGCAUGUUUCACGCAUCGGAGGCGUGCUCACGGAAACAUUCUUCGACCUUGAUUAUAAGAUCUGGCCUCUUGCUUUGACUACGGCGCAUGGAAUUUUCGAUCUCCUUCUUUCUGAGGCCAGCGACGACUGCGAGCUGAAACCUGACUCAGGGAAGAGCAAGUACCUCCAGACAUCGGCAUCUGUCCAUUCUUCCGACUCCGAAUCAGUGUAUGACACAGACGAAGAAAGUAGCGAAUCUGAAGCAGAGAUUGAGGUACUAGGUGACAAGAGCGCAUCGAGCGUGACGAAAUGGACACGGGUUGAAGAUGUUGUCGGUAUCAACUUUAUGGGAGAGCGUCUCUCGUCUAAAGAGUUUUUUGACAGGGGUCCACCUGCCGACUAUACGAUCUUAAGAUCAGACGUGUUGAAUAGUUGUCGGAAUAUCAUCUCGUCGGAUCCAAGUGUCGAAGUCACGACAUUUGUGCUCAACUCUCAUCUCACAUCCGGGCCAGUAUCGUUGAUUAUUGGCGUUGACGAACUGUGGGAACCUCAGGGAUGUGGGUUUGCAGAGGCUCUGCCUUCUGCGGUAUGA